CGAAGAUGUACGACGAUUGCUCUGCAUUGUCGUCUUGUGGACUGUUGCAGUAGAAAGGUCGCCGUAUAACGAAGGGACCGUUUGAUGUAGCGCUUGCAGAGUGUAUGCUUGUGAGGGGAACGCACAGUGCGGUGGCGAGAAGAGAGGAGGGCAGUGAGCAGCGCGUCCUUCUGCGCUAGGCACGCAACCGCGCAGGGGGUGGAUCGAAGAGAAGCGAGCUGAGGCACUGUUCGCAUCCGUUCGCUGUCACCGUGCGGCCACUGGCGGCCACUUGCGGACACUGGCGGCCACUUGCGGACACUGGCGGCCACUUGCGGACACUGGCGGCCACUUGCGGACACUGGCGGCCACUUGCGGACACUGGCGGCCAGACGUGUUCGUCGCGGGUUAUUUUCCCCGCUUCCCCGGGGUUAUAUUCCCCGCUUCCCCUCCCUGCCUCCCCAGCAUCUUCUCCCCUUGGUGGCCACUCAGUCUCCCCUUCCAUCCACGCCGCCCCGGCAUCCACGCUCCUUCUUCCAUCCUUCCGCUUGCACCAACAUGCGCUACUUGAACCCCAUCCUCGCCGCCCUACUCCUUGUCGUUCAUCUCCCUGCCAUCUCCGCGGGCGCGACCGACCUCGUAAACUCGGACCGCAUCGUCAACGCCGUCCAUGCAGCUCAAAAUGCCGCUCUAUUACCCGACGUCACUCAAGACGCGCCGACUUCCUCGAGCUCGUCUACAGCGCAGACGACGUCCUCCGACCCUGCCAACACCAUCACCACCCCAACGACGUCCCAGCCCACCUCCCUGACUUCCACUGCGAUCUCUCGUUCCCUCACCGACACCGACACCGACCACAACACCAGCAGCACCGACAGCGCGCACUCGGACACCACCGGGUCCAACACCAGCUCCGGGACCAAGACCGGAUCUGACACCUUGCAGAAGGUCUCUUCCACCCCUCUGUCUAUCACAACGACGUCCGAGACCCCCACCAUCACGAGCACGACCGCAGUGCCCGCCUCCCACGCCGACGUCCCCCCCGGCGCGUCCCAGUCCGGCACGCUCACCGUCCCCGCCGCGCCCCUCGGCUUCGGCGCGAGCACCGCGAGCGGCUUCACGACCUUCACCCUCGCCCCCCCGGCCCCCAGCGACAACGCGACCAGCGUCGGCGUCGUCAACCCGCUGAACGCCGCCGCCGCCGCGCGCGGCGUGCUCGUGGGGCGGCUCGCGGUCGUCGCCGCGGUCGUCGUCGGCGCUGCGGUCGUCGUCGGCUUCUGAGUCGCCUUGGGUCGGGGGACUGGGAGGCGAGGCGCGCUCCGUGGGGCCCGGGACGGGAAUUGUGGGCGGCCCAGUGGGUGGACAUGGCGUUGGGCACGGGCACGGGCACGGGGCAUCUGGACAGCAAGUCAUCCGCCCGGGCGUAUUCUCUCAUCCCGGUCUUCGAGUCGUGCCUGCGGGCGGCCCGGCUCCGCGGCGAAGGGCGCGCGGUGUCGCGUCUCCGUCUUCUCGGUAUUUUCUUGGGCGUAUCAUUAUCAUCGUGGGGAUCGAACGUCCCUGUUUCUUCUAGCGUUACCGGCCUUCGUCGUGUCUUGUCUGGGAUAUGUUGUUGUACCUGUCUGGCGGGCCGCGAGAGCCCUAGUGUAUACCGACGGCAUGCGCGCGUGUCGUCCGAGCAAUGCCAGUGUAGCCUUGUUUCGGUCAACCCUAGUCGGGGCGCGGAACGCGUCGCGCGUUCGGAUUCAUGCCACUCGAACGCAAGGUGUUGAUGGGCCGCAUCAAUCCACCGUUCAGGCAAGUCGGGGUUGUGGGCGACAGUUGGUAGUGUGCCAUCGCAAGAGCUCGGUCAACGCAGUGGCGGAGGGCGGCCAGCGCCGGUUCAAGCGAGCCGUCGCUGCUGCUUCAUCAUCAUGUUCCAACCCGAGUCUGCUGAGAUGGAUGCGCGCUGCGCCGACUCCCUCCCUGUUGCGGUUCGCCGGUCGUGAGUGCGACCGUCUUCUCUGCUGAGAACCACGCGAAACGCAAGGCGCCAGCGUUACUGCCCGAGAUGCAAGACAGUGCUUCUUAUUGACGUAGUUGAUUCAGAAGACUGCUAUCAU